CCUCUGCCCGCAGGAGUCUGUUUUUGGACUAGUCAGGGGUAAACGCGCCUGGUGCGCGGCCAAGCAGCCCCUAAGAUCGACAAGGCGCAGUGCGGAAUGUGAAGCCGGGACCGCGAUGGAACCCGCAGCAAAAACCAAAAACCCACCCACCAGGCACAACGACAUGGCGGGAAAUCGUCACGACACACGACCACCUCAACCACCGCAGCGGCACGACGCAGGGCCCGCCGCCCCGUCUGCCGCCCCGUCUGCCGCGCCAGAUGGCAACAUGGACGACGUCGCCCAGGCCUGCAGGCGCGGCCUGAGCCUCCUCUCGGACCUCGCCGCCGAGGCCGUCGCCGCUCGGCCGGCCGUGGUCGGCGGGCCCGUCGAGAGGGCGAGGGCGAGGCUGCGGCGCUUGACCGCCGUUGGCGACGCGCUGGAGUCGUUGCCCGCCGCGGCCGAGUCUUUGGCGGCGCUCUUGGAGCUCUGCGAGACGGUGGGAAUGUCGGGCGCGAUGCUGGUGUCUGCUUCAGGGGCGGUAUCCGGCAGGGAAUGCGUUGUGCCUGUGCCUGUGCCUGUGUCUGUGCGUGAGGCGUCCUUGCGUCGCCGGAAAACACGGGCGGAUGGAAUUUUGGUUACAUCUACGCGCCCGGAGCGGGAGCGGGAGAAGGUCGUAGCGGCCGUGUCUGACGCGGUGGCAGAAUUGCGUGCCGUUGUGGGCGCCUUUUCCGGCGUCGAGUUCAUGCCCCUGUCAACCGCCGUCACCAUCCAGUCCCUGCUAGGUCGUCUGUCGGAGCUGGCGACUGCGAUGGGCCAUCUCGCCGGCGGAGCUGCAGUUCUCCUCUCUCCCAGCACGCCCCAUCCACGCACCACCGACGGCUACAUCCCCCGCGCGCCGUCGUCGUCCCUCGCCGCCUUGGCCCUGCAGGUCCAGCACGUGCACCACCCAUUCCAAGCCCUCGGCGCCCCGCCCCCCACCACCUGCCGCUCCGCACCCGACAGCGCCCUGAGCGUCGGGACGCUCCGCCUCUGGACGGACUGCAAGGCGGUCACCCUCGCCGGCGGCUGCUGCGGCGGGUACCGAUCGACGGCGCUGCUGCUCGCGGCCGCGCUCCUCCUCAACCACGCGCGCCGCGUGCUGCUGCCGUGGCUCGGCGCCUACGUCCACGCGCACCCGGUCGAGUCGCUGCGCGUCGCGCGCUCGCGGCCCGACCUGCUCGUCGAGGAGACGCUGGCCGCCACGGACGGCGCGGCCGUGGCCUUUAUGUACUGCCAGCGCGCCGCCUUUGACGCCGCGGGCGCCUUCCUGAUGGCCCGGUACCGCAGGACCGGUGCUAGUGCUGCGGCCGCUGCGAGCAAUAACAACAACAACAACAACAA